GUUAAAAAUGAUAGUAAUGAUGUGAUCAAAAACACAAAAGCCCUGAAAUCUAGUGUAAUACCUAUUUUAUAGUAAUUAACAUUUUUACAGCUGGACUUGGUAAUGCCGAACAAAUUUGACAUUGACGUUUGACGUAUAACGUCAAUGACGUCUGAAACGAUUAAAACACUCCAAUCUUAUCAAAACAUCGUUUCCCGCAUUUAUUUUAGAACUAUUCACAUAAUUUUUGGUGGAAAAUCUUUACUGAAGUUUACUAGCACUGUACAUUUAAUAAAAUAACUGCAGUUGUUAUGAAAAUGGGAGAUUCCGAUGAAUGGAAAAACUAUGUUAACGACCCAAGAAUGGUCUGUAAAUACAGUAGUAAAUGUUAUCAGAAAAAUCCGGAACAUCAUAAAAGAUUCAAACAUCCGCCGUUAAAGAUUGGUAAAGCAAUUAACCGUGCUAAGGGCCGUUUAUCACCGUACGCCAGACCGUCUCCUCGUGGAUCACCGGCUCGGCAAGAGAGACAUUUGUCACCGAGCGGCAACAGUGAGGAGACAAUGACUAAGAGUGACGAUGUCACCGUAGAUAGCAAACCUGAACAAGUAGAUAAACCAGAACCCGAAGAUCAGACAGUUAUAGAACUUCCUGAAAAAAUAGCAUUUUAUGACAAAAGUACUGAUAACAGUCUUCUAAAAGAACUAUUUUUAGUAGAAAUGCCUGAUGACUUCUUCAAAUUUUUCGAAUGUAUCAGUGAGUGUGGUAAAACAUUUGAAGAAACAUUGUCAAGUGUGAAUCUGAUGGCAAUUGGUCCAUUUGAAUUAUUGAUGGGGAAGUUACCAAACUUAGAUAAUAAAGAACUUUAUUUAGUUCAUUGGAGAUUCUUCUAUGACCCUCCAGAAUUCCAGGCAGUCCUGAAGAAGAAAAAAGAUAGUCAGUAUCAUAUUGGAUAUUUCCGUGAUGAUCCCAAAGAGACACCAGUGUUUGUUGCGAGUAAUGAUUGUGAGAAAAAUUACCACAUCACUCCUAUGGCUUGCAAUUUAUUUGGAGCUGUUUAUAAGUACUUGCAGAAUGAGAAGAAACAUUCCCCAUUUACCUCAAUGGCAUGCCAAAAAUUAAUGGACAAAGUUAAAGCCUAUGCUGAAAAGAACAAUAUUUCUUUAGAAGAAUUUAAUAUGAAGAAAAGAUUAGCUAAAGUUGUAACUAAAUCUUUACAUGGUGCAGGCAUCAUGGUACCUUAUGAUAAGAAAACUCAAUUAGGAUACAGACGCCUGGCAGAAACUGAUGCUAGUCUCAAGAAAAUGUUUGAAAAACUAGAAAAGGCUACAAGUAAAACAGAAAAAAUGGAAGUGCUGUCAGAAUUGCAGCCUGUAAUAACUAACAUUAAUAUUGCUCUGGAUGAAUCUGAUUUUGGUACUGGUAUUGAGGGUGGCAUAGCCCUGUUUUGCUCUGGUUUACAAGAAUUGGCUCAACCUGCUAUGAGUUGCUUGAUUUCUGCUUACUCUGUGCUAAAUAGGAAAGCAUUUGGAGACAUAAUAAAGGCCCAUAUUAAGUACCGCCGUAAGGGACCCAAUGUUUCGCUGCUACACAUGUCUGCCUCGUAAUAACAUCUAUCAGAUAUUUUGGAACUAAAAUCGUCAAGCAGACUAUGUAUAUUUGAAGCCAAAACUUAACUAAAACUUAAAAAAACAACUAUGUAUAUUUGACUCUUAUAAAUAAUAGGAUAAUUUUGUUUGUAAUAAUUUAACUUAUACAUUACUAUUUGCAUGCAUACUUGCUUCAGGUCAAAAUAUAAUUUCAUAGCCAGCUUUGGCGCAGUGGCUGGGCAACUAGCAGCUAUGCAAUGUGUCGCGGGUUCGAUUCCCGCUUGGAGCAACAAUUUGUGUGAUCCACACUUCGGUCUAGGUGGCUUGUGUAUGAGAAUUUGUUAAUGCAAAAUAAAAGGUAACUUUUUUAUAAAAAAAAACGUUUUUAGAGUAUUCAAACACCAAAUCAGUGCCUUUUUUGAUAGUAUAUAUCUUGCAUAUUUUAUUUAACUCUCUAUAUUAUAGCAGUUCUCUAUAUCUAUAACAUAAUAUUUAUUGUGUUGAAUAAUUUGAUACAGUCAUUAGCAGCAGUUGAAAACUAUAGUGUAAGUAGUAAAGUAAUUAAAUAUUGUAUUUGUUUUUAAAAAAUUUUUAAUAAUAUGAUGAACCAUUCGAUGUUAUGUUUUAAUUUUGACAUAAAUAAAUCAGGAUUUAAUUGUUAUAGUUUUAUUAAUAUUUAAAAAUCAAAUUUAGAAUAGAAGACUAAACACA